GUCAAUGAAGAUCCUCACAUGGCUGUUCGGCUGCUGAAGGUCUCAUCUGUUGCCACUGCAGUGUUUGCAUCAUCAGGAUUUUACCUGUACAGCAAAAAUGUGGACUACAAUGAUCUCAGCAUUGUCAGAUUUGGCAGAGCAGCCGCGACUACGGCUGUCAUCAGUUAUGACUACCUCACCACUCUCAGGGAUGUACAGUAUGGGACAGAGGAGUACUGGGCUGUCAAAUCAAAGGUUCACAGGCGCUCAGCGGAGAGGCUGCUGGACUUGUGUUGUGCGAACAGAGGCACCUUCAUUAAAGUAGGCCAGCACCUGGGAGCCCUGGAGUACCUACUGCCUGAGGAGUACACCAGCACGCUGAAGAUCCUGCACAGCAGAGCUCCGCACAGCAGCAUGGAGCACAUCAGACAGGUCAUACGAGAAGACCUGGGGAAAGAGCUCAGCGAUCUUUUCAUCCAGUUUGACGAGACACCUCACGGGGCCGCGUCUCUCGCUCAGGUCCACAAAGCAGUACUUCCAGACGGGAGGACGGUGGCAGUGAAAGUACAACAUCCCAAGGUCCAGCGCCAAAGCUCCAAGGACAUUGUUGUGAUGGAGUUUCUCCUUCAGGUUGUCCACUGGUUGUUUCCAGACUUUGCCUUUAUGUGGCUGGUGGAAGAGGCCAAGAAGAACAUGCCCCUGGAGCUGGACUUCCUCAAUGAGGGCCGCAAUGCUGAGAAAAUAGCAGACAUGCUCAAGCAGUUCAGCUUUUUGAAGAUCCCGAAGAUUCACUGGGAUCUUUCCACCAAACGUAUUCUAACCAUGGACUUUGCAGAGGGCGGUCAGGUCAACGACCGGGAGUACAUGAGAAGACACGGCAUCAAUGUCAAUGAGAUCUCCAGAAACCUGGGCAAGAUAUACAGCGAGAUGAUCUUCGUCAACGGCUUCGUGCACUGCGAUCCUCACCCAGGCAACGUGCUGGUUCGAAAGAGUCCUGAAAGCAAUAAAACGGAAAUUGUGUUACUCGAUCACGGCCUGUAUCAGGUGCUGAACCAGGACUUCAGGCUGGACUACUGCAGGCUGUGGCAGAGUUUGAUAAAGGGAGACCUGAAAGGCAUCGAGCGCUACAGCAGGCGUCUGGGAGCUGGAGAUCUGUACCCACUGUUCGCCUGCGUCCUCACCGCUCGCUCUUGGACAUCAGUUAACGCCGGCAUCAGUCAGACGCCUGUCACUCAGUCUGAGGAUGUGGAGAUCCGAACAAACGCGGCGCUGUACCUCCCUCAGAUCAGUGAGCUGUUGAACAGGAUUCCCCGACAGAUGCUGCUGCUUCUGAAAACCAACGACCUGCUGAGAGGCAUCGAGACCAUCCUGCAGACCAGAGCCAGCUCCAGCUCCUUCAUCAACAUGUCCCGCUGCUGUACUCGAGCCGUUGCCAGGCACAAGAGGAGCAAAGCAAGCUCUCGGAGUCGGCGUGUGCGGAUCUGGCUGUCUGAGCGCUGGUCUCUGUGCCAAAUCAACCUGUAUGAACUUGUGUUGUGGCUUCGCAGCUCUGCUUUGGCCAGAUGCCUCUGUUAUCUCCUUAACUGCCUACCACACACAAACUGAGAGGCUUGAACACACUCGGUUUUUAACGGAAGCUGACUGUAAAAAGUCUUUUUUUUUUUUUUAUAAUGUUUUCCACAGUCAUGGAACUUGACUUACAGUGAGAUUAUGAUGUGUCAAAUCAAAUUCUUCUUGCAUGUUUUACGUCCUUGUUAAUAUGUUAUUUUAAAGUACUGUGCUUUAGUAUAAUGCCUUGAACUGCGCAUAUGUCACAUCUCAAAAAUUCAUGGAAAUCUUUUAUUUCCUAAUCUCAUACUGUUGAUGAGAAGAUUAAAUGGUAACACUUUAGAUUAAUGCUUCAUUAGUUUGUUAGUUAAUGUAUUUACUAGCAAUAACUAAGUACCAACAAUCUUUUAAAGCAUUUAUUAAUCAUUGUUUAACAUUAACUAAUGCAUUAAUAAAAUCCAAAGUCGUACUUGUUAACAUUAGGUAAAACUGACUAGCUUUUUUACUUUAUAAAUAACAUGUUGUAAUAACAUUGACUAGUGUUAAGAAAGUAAUAAAUAUAAUAAUAAAUGUAUUACUUUUAGUUUAUGUUAGUAAAUCCUAACAUAACUAAUGGAUCAUUAUUUUAAAGUGUUACUGAUUAGACAUUUAAAUAUAUAACAUCUGUGGCAAAAAAUAAAAAAAAUAUAUAUUUAUUUUAGGACUUUUUAUUGGGUAAACGGGUGUUUUAUUUUUAUUUUUUGGUCAUCCUGGCUCAAUAAAUGGGGGCAUUUGUAUUUA